AUGGUGGAUCGCACCGUGUACACCCCGGACAAGUUGCCGGAGCUCCCAUUGCGGCAGAUCUUUGGUCGGCAACGAGUUCCGGAAGACUUGUGCCGGCUCGUGGCUGAUGUGGGUCUCCGCAGCGUGGAAACGUUCGCCAUGCUGGGGGACAUGAUCACAACGGUCAAGCAGACCUUGAAAACGAUCAUACCAGAUUCUGCUCGUUUCGGCGAUGAUGCGCCGGCGCAGGAGCUUGCUCUUACAGCUCUGGCGGCCGUCUGGAAGCAGUGCUCCACCAUGCAAGAUCACUUCGCAGCUCGGCGAGCCAAAAUGGAAGAAGACCCCAGCAAGGUCCCAGAGAUUCCAGGCGAAGAUCAUGCUGAGUUUCGUGACACGUUCGUGGCUCGUCACCCUGACGUGCUCUUGCCCAUGCAUCGAGAGCCUCAUCGGAAGUUUGUCGAACGUGUUCAACGAGACUACUUGGUGCACGGCUUUGUUCAUUUCUACGAAGUCGGCGAGAUCCGCACCAGGAAUGAGCAGAUCGCUCAGAAAUCUGGGCUCUCCAAAAAUGCAGAGGAUCUCUUGCGUGUGGUGAUGGUAGAUCAGCCUAGUGAGCCUUUUUUGUUUUAG